AGGUAAAAGCAGAACCAGCGACUUGUGAUGUAGAAUUGGUGCAACUAGGUGUCGUUUAGCGCGGCUUUUUGAUAUUUUCGGUAAUUUUCAAGGGGGCGAAAGGGUGUUUAUUAAUUGCGGGGUUGUUCAAAUAAUAAAUAUAGGUACCUACUUUAACUGAUGAAAAGAAAAUUAAAUCGACGCGUAUUGAAACACAUUUUUUAUUCGUAUAUACAAUAACGAUUGCACUGGAUACAAAGAACUUGUGUACCUUACAACAUGUAUCCUGAAAAUGAUGAGACUUUUUAAGAGAAGUUCUGACUCGAACCUUCAACUAGAGAAUCUGUCGUCGACUCUCUCGGAAGCGAAUGGUUCAAAAGAAUUGAAGGUGAACCCAGUAGCACAUCCAGAAAAUGAUAAAAUACAGAAAACAGGUCUUUCGACGUGGGGUAAAGCUUGGGAGCGAUUCAAAAGCAGUGAUUCUUCCGAUUCCAGACUACUUGACGACGGUUCGUCAUCAAAACGGGAAUCGGUACAAUCCGAUCGAAAUCUCUUUAAAGAUCCCAACGAAGCCCUUAAGCCGAAAAUAUCCGAAGAAGACGUUAAAAAGGUAUACGACAUGUACAAAAAUAUCAACAACGGACCAAAUGUUCGUGAAAAGGGAUACAAUCUCCGAAGCAAAAGAAAUUUGAAAUGUGUUUCGGAUCAUAUCGAGCUCAAUCAGCAACAAUUACUCGAUUACAUGUUGUUGAUGAAACCAGCAGAUGGAAACGUAAGUGGAAAUUUAGAAAAAGAUUUAUUGGAAGAGGAAAAAAGCACCAAAUCAGAAAAAGUGACGGAGGAGAAGACAUCUCGCAGAUCAAGACUUAGAUCUAUGUUCACUAUUAGGUCGAGAAGUAAAAGUGACGACGAGUCCGAUAUUUCUUUCAAAAAAAUCAACCAGAAAUCUUCUUCUACAGACAGCCUUACCAGCUUGCUCAAUUACAUAAUUCCUAAACGAAGGCAAAAUUCAAAAUCGCCCACAGCUGCUGCAAAAUUCAAAUCGGAUGAAAGCGGAUAUGGCAGUGAUUCCACUAAAUGCACGACUAUAGAUUCACCUAUAGGAUCGAUUAAAUCCCAGAUUAGUCAGACAAGCCAAGAAGUUGAUACGGACAGUGACGCGGACAAAACUCUAGUUAAUAUGGGCCCAUACAGGGAAAAAAGUGAGAUUAGCGAUGACACUGAUACGGCCGAAGACGAAAUGGAAACUACAUUUACAUUCAGUAAAUUUUACAGAAGAAGUCCAAUGAAAAACUACACCAAGAAAAGAUCAAGAUCGCAAUCCAGAGACAGUGACACUGAUAUAAAUGCUCUAACUAGACGCAGCGUAAAAUUAAAGAGAACUUAUAGUACAAAAGAAAAUUGCCAAACAAACGAUUGCUGUGAACAUCUCAAAAGUGUGAAAAUUAAUGAUAGUUAUAAACAGCCUGUUAGAAAUGAUCCUGUUACUCUGGAAAGGGAAUUCAAAUGUGUAAGACUGAAAGUGAAAAAAGGUGAAAAUAUCGGAUUGAAAAUAUCUCCUCAGCUCAAUAACUCGACUAGUAACUGUACUUAUAUCAUUUCAGAAAUAGCCGACAACUCUGUAGCUUCCAAAAACGAUCUUCUAAAAGUUAAUGACGAAGUGAUAAAAGUCAACGGGAUAAGAAUCAAAGGAUUGUCGCACGACAUUGUAAAAUCUCAUUUUCAGCCUAAAAAUAACGAAUUUGAGCUGGUUAUAUCUAGGAUGCCUUGUAAAACCGAAACAAAUUUAUCUAAAAAGCGGACCAAUUCAUUCAGGGCUUUCUUAGGAAGAUCUAGCGCUCUUUUGAGCCCUAAAAAAGAUAAUUUGGGAACGAAGAAAAAACAUUUUGAGACAACUAAAUAUACUAAAACUGAUCAUUUGGUGGACAAUCAUGAGUGUAAAUCAUCUGACGUUAUAUGUAAAAAGUUUAUUAGAAAAAGUUCUCUCAAUGCGCUAGAAAAAAGUCAGAGUACAUCCAUACUGCCUAAAUCAAAAUACGUUGGAUUAUCGGACAUUAUUGGAUCCAAGCCCGACAUCGUUGAGACCAAAGUAACGUUCAGUGAAAAAAGCAUACCGGAAACAGUAGUAUUACGUUCUCCUAAGUUAAAUAAGUCUCCUUCUUGCCUUAAACACACACCAUCUCCAUCCACAUCCACAUCCCAAAGCAGUCUUAAAUUUUGCUCUGAUUCUCCAGAAUUUCAGCGACAAGAAGCGAUAACUCCGCAUGGCAUGAGAAAAUUCUCCAUCUCGUCGAGUUCAAGACCUCGAAGUUCUCACCCGAUUGUUAUCCCCACAGCUAAAGUAACUAAAGUAGGGGUCAAAUCGCUGGUUUUCGAAAAAGGACCAGGUCACAAGAGCCUGGGCUUCUCCAUCGUAGGAGGCAAAGAUUCUCCAAAGGGUCCAAUGGGCAUUUACGUCAAGAGUAUCUUCAAGGACGGACAAGCUGCCGAGUCUGGAGUUUUACAAGAAGGUGACGAACUCCUAUCAAUAAAUGGUAUCUGUUUUAAAGGAUUGUCUCAUUUAGAAGCCGUAAAUUUGUUUAAAAGUAUAAAAUGUGGAGAAGUACUGAUCGAGGCAGCCAGUCGAAAUUCUAGAAGACUUUUCCCACAUUCAUUAUAAGUUUCUUAUAACUUAAAAAAA